CCGGGAGGGGCCGAGCUGUGUGGCGUUGGCGGGAAGGAAGCUCAGGGCCGGCUCUGGGGCCGCCCUCGUGUUCUGUCCUGCAGAGUCUGUGUGGUUGAACGUGGGCCCCAGGCUGGCGGGAGUAGACCAAGGGCACAGUAUGAUGUGAGCCUGUGACCAUGGACUUUUCUCGGCUCCACAUGUACAGCCCUCCCCAGUGCGUGCCCGAGAACACUGGCUACACGUAUGCACUCAGUUCAAGUUAUUCUUCUGAUGCUCUGGAUUUCGAGACUGAGCACAAAUUGGAUCCUGUGUUUGAUUCUCCAAGAAUGUCCCGCCGCAGCUUGCGCCUGGUCACCACGGCACAUGCCGCCGAGGACGGCCCGGCGGUGGCAGCAGCGGGGGACAGGGCGGCCAGAGUAACGAAACAGCGCGGAAGUGCAGGCAGGCUGGCCCUUACCCUGAACCACACCUCGAGGAAGGGCCUGUCCUCGGCUGCCAGCCAGAGCGGCGCCGGCGCCGUGCAGGGCGAGGCCUGUCUGCGGCCUCCUGUGCUGGACGAGUCUCUGAUCCGUGAGCAGACCAAAGUGGACCACUUCUGGGGUCUCGAUGACGACGGAGACCUCAGAGGUGGGACUCGAGCAGCCCUUCAGGGCAAUGGUGAUGCGGCCGGGAGCAACGGCUACACCUGCAGCGACUGCAGCCUCCUCUCCUCGCGCGGGGCCGCGCUCACCGCACACUCCACGUCCCUUGGACCCACCUCAAGAAUUUACUCGAGGGACAGGAACCAGCGACGCGGCGCCUCUCGCUUCGCGGAUAGGAUCUGGCGGCUGGCCGAGCGCACCUCGUCCUUUUCUUCGGUCUUAGUUCACCUCUUCCGAGGGGCUUUCGCGAAGUGCAGUUGUGAAUCAGAAAAUGACAAAUUGAAAAGUUGUGAGUCAAAAGCUCGUGAGUCACAAAUCCAUGAAUCGCAAGCUCACUGCGGCCACGGCGGGAGGAUGGACGUGCGGGAGGCCCUCGGAGACGACGGCCGCCUCCGGGUCAACGGGGAGUCUCUGUGCGACGGCCGAAAGGGGAAGGAGCCCCGCGAGACGCACACGCACUCGGCCCCCCGCUCGCCGUCCUCGAGGCCCGGCGGGCUGGCAGGGACCGCGGGCCGCGCCUUCGCUCACGCAGGUUGUGGCGCCGCGGUGCAGACGCUGCGCAGGGCCGGAGCCGCGGGCUGGUUCGUGUCGAGGACGGUGCUGGCGGUGCUGCGCCUGGCCCUGCUCGCCCCAGGGAAGACAGCGUCCGAAGUUCUCUGGUGGCUUGGGGUUGGGUGGUACCAGUUCGUCACUUUGAUUUCUUGGCUGAACGUGUUUCUUCUUACAAGGUGCCUUCGAAAUAUUUGCAAGUUUUUAAUCUUGCUCACUCCGCUGUUACUUUUGCUGGGUGCAGGUGUUUCCUUAUGGGGCCAGGGUGAUGUCCUCGCCUUCCUGCCCGUGCUCAACUGGACACAUGUGCUCGGAGCCCAGCGGGCCGAUGACCCCAGCAGCAUGCGCACGUCCGGCCACCCGCCCCCGCGCCAGCCUCUGGAGGCUGGCACUGAGGCUUUCCACUGGCAUCGGAUGAGUGAAGUCGAAAGGCAGGUGACCUCGUUGUCAGGACAGUGUCACCACCAUGACGAGAAGCUUCGAGAACUGGCGGCUUUGCUCCAGAAACUCCAGGCGCGGGUGGAGCAGAUGGACGGCGGUGGGGAAGGACUCCUGUCCUUGGUGAGGCAUGCCGUGGGGCAGCGUUUCGAGGAGAUGGGUGCCCCCGGGCCGUCGAGCUCCCAGGCCGACUCCGCGGCCUCGCCCCGAGAGCACGAACUGCGCAUCUCCAGCUUGGAAGCCGUUCUCGGGAAGCUGACGGAAAGGUCCGAGGCCGUCCAGAGGGAGCUGGAGCGGACCGCGCGCGCAACGGCCAGCGGGAUGGAGGAGGAGCAGCGCCUCCUCGGCCUGGUUCAGCGUCUGGAGCAGGAGCUGGGGCGCCUGAAAGCAGACCUGGCAGGCUGGCAGCGCGGGAGAAGCAGCUGCGAGGCGGCGGACUCCGUGCGCGAGACGGUGGAUGCCCGCGUGAGAGAGACCCUCAGACUCAUGCUUUCCGGGGACCAGCCAGAAGCUUCUCUGGAGUGGCUGCUCCAGAAGUGGUCUUCUCAGUUUGUGAGCAAGGAUGACCUGCAGGUUCUGCUCCGCGAGCUGGAGCUGGGGAUUCUGAAGAACGUGACCCACCACCUUGCUGUGACCAGACAGAUGCCAACUGCUGAGACUGUCAUGUCUGCUGCGCGUGGGGCAGGCAUCACGGGAAUAACCGAGGAGCAAGCCCAGGUCCUUGUGAACAAGGCCCUGAAGCUGUAUUCCCAGGACAGGACCGGCCUGGUGGACUUCGCCCUGGAGUCCGGGGGUGGGAGCGUCCUGAGCACCCGCUGCUCCGAGACCUUCGAGACCAAGACGGCGCUCAUCAGCCUGUUCGGCAUCCCGCUCUGGUACUUCUCGCAGUCGCCCCGCGUGGCCAUCCAGCCCGACAUGUACCCGGGUAACUGCUGGGCGUUCCGGGGCUCCCAGGGGUACCUGGUGGUGCGGCUGUCGAUGAAGAUCCAGCCGAGCGCCUUCACGCUGGAGCACAUCCCCAAGACGCUGUCGCCCACGGGCAACAUUACCAGCGCCCCGAAGGACUUCGCCGUCUACGGAUUAGAGGACGAGUACCAGGAAGAAGGGCAGCUCCUGGGACGGUUCACCUACGACCAGGAAGGGGAGUCGCUCCAGACGUUCCACAUCCCGAAAAGACCUGAAAGCGCUUUCCAGAUAGUGGAGCUGCGGAUUUUUUCUAACUGGGGCCAUCCCGAAUACACGUGUCUGUACCGGUUCAGAGUUCACGGAGAACCCAUCAAGUAAAGCCAGUCUCCUCGCUGUUGCUGUACAUUCUGUAUAUACCGGUCGGCCUGCAACCCGGACUCCCUCUGAGCGCGGGCACACGGACAGCGGUUUAGCGUCACCCCUUCAGGCGGUGCGCCGACGGCCAGCAGGACGUGGCAGCGGAAGCCAUGGAUGCUGACAGCCGCUGACAGCCACUGGCUCCUCUGUCCACGGGGACCGCUGUCCCUUGAGGCCCGCAAGCCACAGGCAGUCUCUGUGGAACCUCAUCUGAAUGUAUGGCUCACAAAGACACUUACUUUCCUGGGGUCGGGGGGUCGGGGGGAGGGUUGUUUUUGAACGUAAAGCUCUUUAUAUUUGUAUUUGCUUGACAUCAGGAACAAAGCGAGAGAAGGUACAAGGUUGGGGGUGUGUCCGAAGCCUUGUCGGCCUUCACGGGCCCUUUUAAAGGACCUCUGGGGGCAGACGGAUGUUGAGCGCAGCACAUGCUUCUCUCGGGGAAGAACCGGGUCACCAGACUUCCAAGGGCCCUUUCUCCGGGCGGGAGUUUCCUCCGUUCGGCCCCCGUAGUUCGUUCGUGUCCCCAGGUGGGGCAGUAACUAAAAGGCGGUGGCCUUAGUCGGCUCCCACGUCUGGGAAGGGUUUUCUGUCAGGUCUCGGUUCAGGCACACUGGAUGGCUUGCCUCGUGCAGGUCCAAGUGGGUCUGAUUCGAAAAGGGAUGGUCUGGAUCCAAGCAAACGUGUAAAUAGAGUUCUCAGGUCUCCACUGGGCUCGUCCCGCCGGAUCUCCCUCCAGUUGUCACGUCACACUAGGAACAGGAACCAAGAAACCCAAGCGUGUGGGUAUCUUCAGGUUGUGUUUUGAUCUGCUGAGAAGCGAACACUAACAUGCUCUAGGUUUUUCCAAGGCUGUUUUUAGUCCCACUGACGGUUAUUGAAGGAGGUGGCCCGGGUGGCAAAUUCAUGACACCAGUACGCUGAGGCUCCUGCAGCAGCACUUGUCCCGGCUCCGGUUGGGCUUUGCCUUUUAUUGCAACUACUGGCCAUUCUCUCUCAAUUCCUCUGAGGCUUGUUGUGGUUAUAAUUACUAUUUAAUAUUGAGCCUAUUUUACUGAGCAGACUUUAUAAGUGAGGUAUCUGCAAGGCACUUAAAAGUGUUUCAGAUGUUUUACCUUAAAGUUAUUUAAGUUUUAUUGGGUUAAGACGGUUUUGGGGGUACUGUAAAUGUUAUUUUCAGGAAAAGAUAGAAUGAUGGUGCGACUGGUUUUCUGAAGAGUUUUAUGUAUAUUGCACAACAGUCCUCAAAUAGACAAAUCUACGUAAAGUAGCAUUUUUUUCACUCUAGUUAGAAUUUGAACUAAUGCCUAUGCAGUUAAGUUGGAUAAAAUGUAUACAGAUGUUUCAUAUAUUACAGGAUAAAUAUAUAAAUCAAAAUUUCCUAUAUAAAGCUAAAACUGGGAGUUGGGGUGGAAAUGUUUUGAAUAUUUAUUUUUAAAGACGCAAGAUAGGACUUUGUGCAAUGUAUUUUUGUAAAUGCUUUUCAAAAUAUUUGUCUUUGGUAGUGCUUCUUUUGCUGCCACCAAAUUAUAAGAUGCUAUUGAAAUGUUUAAAUAAAGAGUUUUACUUUUUAAAAGUG